GCAGGAGGCGUUGGGAGCGGAGAGUGUGUCUGAGUCUGUGCUGAGCUUCGUAGAAAUGUUGCUACCCAUCCUGUUGGGGCUCUUGGGGGGCCUCGAAGCUGCGCAGGGCGACGCUCACCUCAGGAAACAGUGCCACCGCAUCACACACGUCACCAGCCUGCUGCUCAUCCUGUGUGCAGAGGACUCCACCAGGUGUCUGGUGUCCCGACAGGUGAGCGCUCAGCUCUGCCUCACGCAGGUCGAGUCCCUCCUCUCCUGUUGUCGCAGCAACAGCUCCUUCAACUGCCACCCCCCCGGCUCUGACAAUGAUCUCAGUCAGGUGUAUGCAGACGCUCUGCUGAAGACUCUGGAGUUAAUGAGCAAACUGAGACAGCAGGUGAAGGACAUGGAGACCAGCUUCUACCGGAUGUUACAGGACCAGAGGAUCGUGACCCCCCUCUCUCUGGCGCUGACGUCCCACCACAGAGAGCGAGUCCAGACGGGACUCUCUCUGCUGUUUGAGGCUACUCCUCUCCCAGACUUCCCCUCUCUGGUUCUGGGAGAAAGUAUGGCUGCCAACAACGCCUAUCGCCAGCGGGAGUCUGAGCUGUCCGUCAAACGUGUCGCUGUGCAGGAAGGCCCGCCCUCCAGCAUCCUUGACUCUUCCUGUGGAUCGAGCAGGAGCGUCUACUGUCUGGCUGACAGGAUACAGAACGGCUUAGAGCUGCAGGAACAGGCGAAGGACUCCCAUGUGUCGGACAUCAUAGAUGUUUAUGAACAGAAGCUCUCAGCGUUCGCGUCUAAGGAGAGUCGUCUGCAGGACUUGUUGGAGGCCAAGGCUCUCGCUCUGUCUCAGGCCGACCGUCUCAUCGCUCAGUAUCGCUUCCAACGAGCUCAGGCUGAAGCAGACAUCCAACAGCUGCGGUAUUAA